AUGGGUGAUCUAACAGAUUUAGUUGCUAGAAGGGGUGUAAUUAAAGGUCAAUUAAGCCGGUUUGAAACAUUUAUAAAUAAUAUAAGGGAUAAUGAAUUGCAAUUCAUAGAAUUACGUCUUCGGAAAUCGAAAUGUGAAGAAAAUUGGGAUAAAUUUGCAGACAUUCAGUCAAAAAUUGAAAUAUUAGACAGUUCAGGGAAACAAUUAGAUGAAAGGGUUAGUUUCGAAGAUAAUUAUAUUAGGAUUAUUGCGUUAGCUGAGGGUAAAUUACAAAAUUCAUACGAUGGUUCUAAAAAUGCGGGUAUUAGCAAAAACACGGAAAAUCGGGCUCCAUCGGAAAGAGGAGCAUUAUUAAAACAUACGAAUAAUCGGGCUCCAACGGAAAGAGGAGCAUUGGUAAAAAAUAGGGACAAUCGGGCUCAAACGGAAAGGCGGAAUCAUAGGGUAGAAGGCUGUACUAUGCCAGGUUGCAGUGCUUGUGGUAGAAAUCAUAAUAUUCUGCCACAUAUUUCAGGGAAUUUCGGUAGAAAUAUUUCGGAUUCGGUAAAUACAAAUGUGGCUAGUCGCGGGACACCACAAACGGAUAAUAAUACGGUACCUGUUUUUUCGGGAACAGGUUACGAAAUACGGUUUACGGGAAAUACGGUUACGGAAAAUACGGUUACGGAAAAUACGGUUACGGAAAAUACGGUUACGGAAAAUGAGGUUACGGAACAUACGACUGCGGGAAAUGCGGUUACGGGAACCCGGGUUAAUAAUAAUAAUACGGCAAAUAAUACGGUAAAUCGGAUUAACUCGGGUAAUAAUAAUGAUAGGGAAGACACUGCUAAAACGGCACAUAAUACGGGAAAUCAGGUUAAUAAUAACAACACGGCAAAUAAUACGGCAAAUCGGAUUAAUUCGGGUAAUAACAAUAAUAGGGAAAGCACUGUUAACACAGCGGAUAAUUCGGGAAAUAAUUAUAAUGAAAAUUCGAAGGCUCAAGGGAAUACAGAAGGUACGCGGACUUGUGAACAGGAUCUUGUUCACAGUUACAAAUCGGUGAGGAUAUCGGAAAAUACGGAUUCAAGGGAGAUUUUAUUAUCUACGGAACAUUUACAAAUAAUGGAAAAAUCGGGAAAAUUAAGUGACUGUAAAGCAUUAUUAGACGGUGCUUCAAAAUCAAACUUUAUGACUAAAGAAUUAUGGGAAAAGACAGGACUAAAGUCCUUUAAAGUAAAUAUACCGGUAAAAGGGAUAGAGUACAAUUGCACAAGCAUAAGGGAUUCGGUUAACUUAACGGUACGGUCUAAAUGUAAUAGUUUUCAAAUGGACGGUUGUUUCUUAGCCAUUGAUAAAAUAGAUUUAACAUAG